CUAAGCCUAGAGAGAGAAACAAAAGUGUAGAAUCAGAAAGUCUAGUGAGAGAAACACACAUUAGGAGGAGAGAGAAUAUGAGGGUGCCAGCAAUGAAAUUGAAGGAUCAAAGCUUUCUCUGAGUCAAAGCUGGCAAUAUUUUGUGCUAAUAAUUAAGUGUAGAGAGAGAAAAAAUAAAUUGAUUUUCUUCCCAUUCUCUUUCUAUAUUCUCUCCUUUUUUUUUCUUUUUUUUUUUUUUACAUUUUACAUCUCCCUUCAAAUCUAAUCCAUUUCAAAUUACACCCUCAUAUUUUUAUUUUUUUCUCUCUCUAUAAAUCUUUUCUUCAUAUAUAUCACUCUCCUCCUCUUCCCAUUUUCUUCCUUGAGGGAAAUGAGACAUUUCUAGAGAGAGAAAGAAAAAGAGUGAAGAAAAAUUUACAAGUAAAAACAACAAGUUUUUAUUAAUGGUGGUUGAUCAUCCAUUUACAACUAUGUCUACUACUUCUUCAACUUCUCCUCCUCAUCUUCCUUCUUCUGAGAAGAAACAUUGGUGGCUUAGCACCAAAAAGGUAGUAGACAAAUAUGUAAGAGAAGCACGAGUUAUGAUCUCAACUCGUGAAGAAAACGAGUUGAACUCAGCACUGAGUUUACUAGAAGUAGCACUUUCUCUCUCUCCUAAAUAUGAACUUGCUCUUGAAUUAAGAGCACGUUGUCUUCUUUACACAAGAAGAUACAAAGAAGUUGCAGAUAUGUUACAAGAUUAUAUACCGAGUUAUAAAAUGGCUUACUCGGAUGACUCGUCCGGGUCAAGUUCAGAUAACUCGUCUCAAACUCUCUCAAGAGAACGAGUCAAAUUAUUAGGAUCGUCUAACUCGGACUGUAACUCACCUGGUUGUGAUUAUCCAUCUUUUAAAUGUUUCUCGGUUUCUGAUCUUAAGAAGAAAGUUUUGUCUGGUUUUUACAAAAACUGUGAUAAAGAAGGACAAUGGAGGUACUUAGUUCUUGGGCAAGCAUGCUGCCACCUUGGUCUAAUGGAGGACGCAUUGGUCCUCCUCCAACACGGCAAGCGGCUCGCCUCGGCUGCAUUCCGGCGUGAGAGCAUUUGCUGGUCAGAUGACAGCUUCUCAUUCAGUCUUUCAUCGACGACCGAGUCAACUCACCAAUUGCUAGGUGAGUCAACUCAGUACCAGCCACUGACGGAGUCCGAGUCAAUCUCGCACCUAAUUGCCCACAUUAAGCUCCUCCUGCGGCGGCGGGCCGCUGCGUUAGCUGCCUUGGAUGCUGGACUCUUUGCUGAGUCUAUCAGACACUUCUCCAAGAUUUUAGAAGGGCGCCGCCCGGCCCCACAAGCUUUCUUGGCUGAAUGUUAUCUGCACCGGUCCGCAGCCUAUAAGUCUGCGGGCCGGACAGCUGAGAGCAUUGCGGACCUAAACCGGACCCUUGCAUUGGACCCAACUUCAACCGUUGCCCUCCAGGCUCGAGCCGGGUUGUUUGAAUACAUUGGGUGUAUAACUGACUCGGUUCAUGAUCUUGAGCAUGUCAAAUUGAUUUAUAAUUCAAUAUUAAGGGACCGUAAACCGCCUGGCCCGGUUUGGAAACCGAGGGCGGUUCCCUAUAGAGAGAUACCGGGCCGGCUAUGUGCUUUGGGAUCAAAGAUUCAGCAACUUAAGCAAAGAAUUGCAAUGGGAGACACAGGAAAUGUGGACUAUUUCAAGUUGAUUGGGUUAAGGAGAGGUUGUUCCAGGUCGGAAUUAGACCGGGCUCACUUGCUAUUGGUUUUAAGGCAUAAACCCGAGAAAUCAAUGAGCUUUAUUGAUCGUUGUCAACUUGCUGAUGAGAAGGAUUUCGACUCGGUCAAGGAUCGGGCUCGAAUGUCAUCCGUUUUGCUUUUCCGGCUUAUCCAAAAGGCCUAUUCGAAUGUAAUGACCGCGAUUGUUCAAGAGGAGGCAGUGGAGGGGGAGAGGAGGAAGGCCACAUUGGCCCUACAACAAGCCCAAGCCCAAGCCAUAGCCCAAGCCCAAGCCCAACAAAAUGUCGAGGCACGGAAUCAAAUGCUACACGAAAAUGCACCUAUGGUCGUGCUCGGGUCCGGACACGGGCCAGAGGUUGAUAUUGAUCAUCCCGACGACGGGCCAAGUUCGGGUUGUGGUGGCAAAGUGGGAUCAUUUCCUUUCCAAGGAGUGUUUUGUAGGGACUUGGCUGCUGUGGGGAGUUUGCUUUCUCAAAAUGGGUUUAACCGCCCUAUGGGAUUAAAGUAUGAGGCCUUAACUUGUUAAGGUGUACUCUUAGUGUAAUUACCAAAAAAUUAGGGGUGAAAAAAUGGGUUAAAAAAAUGAAAUUGUUGGGAAUGAGAAAGAGGGAAAAAUAAAUUUUUGGGGGUAAAAAUGUUUAAUUAAGAGAUUUGGCAAGGGGAAAUGUGAUUAAGUUUUGGGGUUUGGUUCCCUGUACAGUAAAAAAAAAAGUUGCCAAGGUAAAAGGGGAGAAAUGAAGGAUAAAAAAUUGGGUUGUCAGAAAAUUUUGCUACUUCAAUCUUUAGAUGUACAGACUUUUUAUGUUGAAAAAUUCAAUUUUUAUUUUCACUUAGUAGUACUAUUAGUAUUAUUAAUGAAUCUUACUAUUACUAGUAAAAUUUCAUAUUUUUGAGCUUA